UAUACUAUUACAGUUAGAAACCUGAAAUUGCUCACCCACUCGCUCACAUCUCCCACUCCAUUUAAACCCUACACCAACUCAAUCCACUCCUUCAAUCUUCUCAAACCCGCACUCCUGACGCAGAAAUUUAGAGAGAGAAACACCAUUUGUAGAGAGAAAGAGAGAGAUAAUGCGUGGUGAAGAUCUUGAAAACAGGGGACGAGGAGAAGGAGGAGGAGGAGGAGGAGGAACAGGGGAAGUGAAAAGCAGAUCAAACUACAGAACCUACCCGGUCUAUUCUGAUUUCUAUACGAGAGAUGACUCGGAGACCCAAUGGACCCCCUGGCUGAUCCCAAUGUUCGUGGUGGCGAACGUAGCUAUGUUCCUUGCUGUCAUGCACGUGAACAAUUGUCCCAAGCACAAUCUUGGCCUGCAGGGGAAGUGUGUGGCAAGGUUUCUUGGGCGCUUCUCGUUCGAACCUAUUAAGGGAAAUCCUUUAUUUGGACCUUCUUCUGCAACAUUGGAAAAGUUGGGAGCUCUUGAGUGGAGCAAGGUUGUCCAGAAGCAUCAAGGAUGGAGACUUGUCACUUGUGUCUGGUUGCAUGCUGGUGUUAUUCAUCUGGUUGCGAACAUGUUGAGCCUGGUCUUCAUUGGUAUACGCCUAGAACAACAGUUCGGGUUUGUUCGGAUUGGAAUAGUUUACUUGUUGUCAGGUUUUGGUGGGAGCAUACUUUCUUCUUUUUUUAUCAGAAACAUUUCUGUUGGUGCCUCCGGUAGUCUUUUUGGGCUUCUUGGAGCGAUGCUUUCUGAACUUUUUACAAAUUGGACCAUCUAUACCAACAAGGCUGCGGCGCUGAUCACACUUCUUGUCAUCAUUGUCAUCAACCUUGGCAUUGGAAUUUUGCCACAUGUUGAUAAUUAUGCACACAUCGGUGGGUUUCUGGUGGGUUUCUUCCUUGGCUUUGUUGUGCUUCCCCGUCCUCAAUACGGGUGGUCAGAGCAUCAGAAUCUUCCUGCUGGAGUUCGUGUCAAAUCCAAAUACAAGUCUUACCAAUAUGCAUUUUGGCUCAUUUCCCUUGCUAUGCUAAUUGUUGGGUUUACAGUUGCAUUGGUGAUGCUUUUCCGAGGAGAGAAUGGGAAUGAUCAUUGCCACCGGUGUCACUACGUGGCUUGCGUCCCCACCUCAAGAUGGAACUGCGGUGAAAACUAACAUACCUUGCUGGGCCUCCCCUCCUCUCCUCUAGGAUCUAUUUUCUUCUUAAAUAUGUAAAUGCACAGUUGUUUUAUAGACAGCUAUUUCCUCUAUGUCUAUUAUCUAAUUCAUAGCACCUCUGGGCCUCAGAGAGUACAUGUUAUGUACGCUUUUGCUCUGAACGAACAUAUAUGCUUGGAUUGUGCCCCA